UAUAACCCUUCACUCACACGUAAACAUUAACCCAGAUGAUACUACAGCUGGAGCUUCUGAAACGAUUCACAUCAUGAAAUGACACAAAAGAGACUCAGAGGUCCCGGGUCGGGUCGGUUCGGCGGAACGCACUGAUUUAAAACCCUUGACAUGAGUAAAAGAGACCGGAGAGACACAUGCUUUUCAUUUGACAUGCGUUUACACAGCUAACGAGGUGAUGUGGCCUGUAGGUUAGCUGUCAAGCUAAAGGAAAAGCCCAUCAGCUGUUCGCAUUGCAUAGAAAUAAAAUGAUGUAGCUGGACUUGAACCCGAGGAAAGGGACAGACAUUAGCGACAGGAUGAAGAAGUCACGCAGUGUCGGAGCUUCUUCCUCGCUCAAUGGACUCGGAAAACAAGAUGGCGAGUCCCGACGGAAGAGGAAGAUGGCGGAGAUCACGCAGGCCCUGAACGGGACGCCCGUGGAUGUGCCCGCUCUGAGGCGCAUGGCCAUCAGUGAAGGAGGUCUUCUGACCGAUGAGAUCCGCCGCCAGGUGUGGCCCAGACUGCUCAACGUGUCUGUAGACAACAUACCCGAGCAACUAGAGACGGUCGAUCGAGACAACAACAAGGACUUCAACCAAGUGCUUCUGGACGUCCAGAGAUCCCUCAGACGCUUCCCUCCAGGGAUGCCAGACGAGCAGCGGGAGGGACUUCAGGAGGAGCUGACUGAUAUUAUUCUGCGGGUGCUUGUGAAAAACCCUCAGCUGCACUAUUAUCAGGGUUACCAUGACAUCGUGGUGACCUUCCUCCUGGUGCUCGGGGAACGACUCGCCACUGCCCUGGUGGAGAAACUCUCCACUCACCAUCUCAGGGACUUUAUGGACCCCACUAUGGACAACACCAAACACAUCUUGAACUACCUGAUGCCCAUCAUCGAGAGAGUGAACCCUGAAGUGUACGACUUCAUGCAGCAAGCUGAAGUGGGCACGAUUUUCGCCCUCAGCUGGCUCAUCACCUGGUUCGGACACGUGCUGUCAGAUUUCCGUCAUGUGGUCCGGUUGUACGAUUUCUUCCUGGCCUGCCAUCCCCUCAUGCCUAUAUACUUUGCUGCUGUGAUCGUCCUGCAUCGAGAGGAGGAGGUGCUGGACUGUGAGUGUGACAUGGCCAUGAUGCACCAUCUCCUGUCCCGUAUCCCGCAGGACCUGCCGUACGAGACUCUGAUCAGCCGCGCGGGAGAUCUGUUCGUUCAGUUCCCUCCGUCUGAGCUGGCCAGAGAGCGCAGUCAGCAAACCGCCGUCUCCACCUUCAAAGACUUUGAGUUGGCGUCGACGCAGCAGCGCCCGGACACGGUUCUCCGGCAGAGACGGAUGGAGCAGCAGAAGCGCACACUGGAGGCCCAGCGCAGCACCGUGGCGGUCGUGCAAACCACGGGACGGCGCUUCAUGAGGCUAGCGGUCAUGGGUUUGACUGUGGCGUUGGGGGCCGCGGCUUUAGCCGUGGUAAACUCUGCCCUGGAAUGGGCUCCUAAGCUAGACUUACUCUUCCCGUGAACGAGCCAAUCGACAGCCAACAACAGCGUCUCAAUUUGAGGACUGAAUGUUUGUUAUUAUGCCUUUUUUUUUUUUUUAGGUAUUUAUAUACGAGUCAGACUAAUGAAUAAAAUAUUGUGCGUAUGGUUAUUCUAAUUAAACAAGUUUUUUUUUCCUAGAGUCUGACAUGAAAUGAAAAUGUUUCCUGGAUCCACAAGAACGUCAAUCAUUGUGUCGAGAUAAAUGUACAGUAGAGGUAUGUACACUCCACGGCUCAUUCACGAAACACGAUCUGUGCACAUUUGUGUGUAAAUCAUCUGUAGACACAUUCUUCUUGUGAGUCUUUUUGCAUAAGAAUGCUUUUACGAAUAAUUGAAAUUCAUGUGUGAAAACAGCAUUCAAGUACUUUGUUCAUAAAACAAUUUUUAUGUAAAUUGUCAAAUUAAAUGGACAAUUUUGCAAUAAGUUUUUCAUUUUCGGAAGUUCAUAUACACUGAUCGUAAACCAACUUUUAUGG